UUGAUUCAUAUAAAAGAGAAAAAAAGAAAGACAUCCUUAAGCUUAUUACAAUAGGAAUACCGAUUACUGCAAAUUGCCUUAUGGAAAGUUUUAUCGAUCAGUUUAUAAAGCCGCUUUUGUUGGCAGUGAUCGUAAUUAACGAUCAAUUUUUAUCUCAGCCAAGUCAAUCACCAUGGAUGAUUACGAAAGAAGAGUAUUUAGAGCUUUUUCCCGUGAUAACAUCAUCAACUGCGUUGGCAACAUUAGCAGCAUCAACAGUAACAGCAGAAUCGUCUGAAUCUGCGUUAGCCACAUUAUCAACAACGUUAGUUUCUCGUAUACCAGACGUGAAUCUCAGAAAAUUAUCUUGGCAGUUGCUCACGAAGUUAAGACAAGUGGUUGUAUUAUAG